GACACAUGUCCGGGAAAAACAAAAAGCACCGCACUUGAUCAGCGUGUGUCCAGCCCAUUGUCAAGCUGCCUCCGCCGUUCGCUGCCUCCGAAACAUGGGUGGCCAGGCGCUGCUGCCGGUGGCAAUGCCCAGGAGUCCGCUUCGACCGGUCCUUUGGGCGGCGCUGAUGGGCUUGGCCAGCCCCGCGUCCGUGGAGGAGGCGGUUCUACGGCUGCCCGAGUCGAAGGGGGGCCUCCAGGUCGAUGCGCUCGGCGGGUACUGCAUGAAGCUUCCGGGUCCCUUUCGUUCACCUCCGGUGAUGUCCGUGGCCGCUCAGGGACUGGGCGCUUGGACAAAGGAGCAGAUCUUGUGUCUCCAGGAUGCAGAUGUUCCAGAGGCCAGCUUUACCAUCAGCCCAUGGCCGAAGCGGUCGGAGGCCGAAGCGGGCGAGUUCGGCUUUGGCCCGGAGGUGGGCGUGAAUUUGCGCCCCAAGAUCGAGACCUCGGCGGUGUGGCCCUUGCAGGCCCAGACGCCGACCUUGGGCAUCCCCUUCCGGAGCCAGGCAGCACGACUUUUAGCUCUUCAGGCUACCUUGAGUCACCAGACCGUGGUGGAGUUGCCCCUGGUCGCUGCGCGCUUUCGCAAAAGCUGGGCGAUUGACGUGCGAGACGUGAACCGAAGUGUGAGCUGUGAACCUGAAGGCCAAGUAGGCGUUUGGCGGAUUGCCUGCCGCUUCGCCCGUGACGCGCCGGUGCAGUUGGUGGUCUUUUGCGGCCCCUGCGCAAGGAGCAGCGCCCGGAUGGAGAUUGUGCAAGGCAAGAAGCGCCAGGAGACCGAUGCGCCCUGGAUUGGGCUCACCGCAGAGGGCCCUUUGCAAUGGGUCAUCACGGUGAGAGAGACGGUGGACGAUCGGGAGAAGGUGCAGGAUUUCGUGAUCGCUGCUGUCAUGGGGGAUGAGGAGGUGCGCUGGGCAGAGUCCGGCGUGCAGCGGAACGUGCGGAUCUUCGGGAUGCUCUUGGCCCAGGCGACCCUCCUUACCGCUGUCGCGCUUGGUUUCGUCUCGGCACCCCAAACGUGGCCGGGCCUCAGCAGUGCUUCACUGGUGCUGCCCUACUUGGCCCUACUGGCGGUGCGUGAGGAUGCUCCGGUGCUGCUGCAGUCGGGCUUCACGUGGUGGCCCUUGAGCCAGUACCCCUUGCUGUUACUCAUGGAGGCCUUUGCGUUGAUGCUCAUCGUGGUGGUCUUCCACGGUCAUGCAGCGCUGCAGUUCCUCCAGGCCAAUGGUCCAGGCUCAGCCGAAGAGAUGCCUCACGGUUUGAGCUUCGGCGCGUGGGAACUGCGGGUGCUCAGCAUCGUCGCGGUGCCCGUGGGCUCGGCGGGACUGCGCAUCGCGCUGAGCGGCUUCUUCGCGAGCCGUGGGAGCAGUUUCUUCCACCACCUGUACGGCCUUUGUGGUUUGGGGCUCCUUCUUAGCUUGCUGGUCUUGCCUUGGAAAGUCCUUCAAAGGCUCAAGGACUUGUUCCAAGAGGGACGCAUCAUUGGUGUUCAACUCCAGGAGGGAACGAAGUACAUUGACCGGGUGUGUGAUCAGCUGUCCUCCAUCCCAGUAGCUCGACCUUCAAGGAUCCUAGGUUCCUGGAGUGAAUCGGCUAGCUGGCAACGGAGCGUGCCCGUCGCGAUGAUCGAAGAGCUGGAGCACCAUGGCAGUUGUAAGGAGCGGGGCGGCGAGCCUUGGCACCGACAUUGGUCAGCUGGGCCAUGGCAGCCCAGACUACCACACCAGCCCAGCACCUCUUCGGAGAUCCACCGGUCCACCAGCGGCUUGAGGUACCGGCCGAACUCGUUAGAUUCCAUGGUCAGUGCCGAGCCAUUGAUUGGGAAACAUGGCUGGAAGUCUCCGAAGGCGUGUACCGUGAGCCCCUUGCUGGCAGCGCAUCCCAUCUCCGUGACGACGCGCUUCUGCUUUGCCGAACGCUUGGGCUAUGCCGGGGUGUCUGGGCUCUCCUGGUUGGAUGCAGCAGUGCCUUCCAAGGAGUUGGCGCUCUUGGAGCAGUCCUUACCGCAGAUUUGCUUGCGCGUACAGGCCUGUCAGCUUUGUGGGCCCUUCACCGCCGGCCGCCUCUCCGCGUGCUUUGCCGCCGGGGAUCGAACCCCUUGGCGCUGGUCCUAUGACGUGCUUCUCAAGGCCUUCUUGGGGUGCCUCGUGACCUGGGCGCCAGAGGCGGUCGCUGGCAGGCCUGCCAUGCAAGUGGCUUGGGUGGCCACUAUGGUCCUCAUCGCCAUGAGCGUGCCUUACAGCUGGCCUUAUGUGCAUCUCAUCGACAAUCUCACGGCCUUCCUGGGGGCUUUGGCACUGCCAUGUGGCACUGCCUUCUACCUCUGGGGACACGAGUUGGACGCUGCGCAGUCUGCCAUGGUGGUCACGCUACUACUGGGGUAUUUGCCAGUCUUAGUCGCGCUGCUGGCCAUGGGUUUCUCCUUGAGACCUUCAGGCCACGAGAUGUCUCCGAUGGACGUCAAGGGCUGGGGCGAGUUGUCGGGCAACAGGCUUGGCUACGAGCGCCUAAGCUUGGAGGAGGAUAGCCCGGUGCAUUUGAAGCAGCGGCCAGAGGCGUUAGAUAUCCACCUGGCCGACGCGGUGCUUCUGCCACCGGAGAAGUCUGAGGCGCCUCGGGCACAUCUUCCUUGCGAGGUGAAGAUCCCCUUGAGGCCCAUGCACCUUUGGAUGAAAGGUGUCGUCCCGGUGAGUAGCUGUUUGGAUGAUCGUCAUCCACAGGUGGCCGUGCCAAUGGAGCUCCUCUUUGGCCUUGAAUCGCGGAACGAGCGAGACGUCCCGAGCCCUUGGGCUACAGUGUUGACGCCCAACAGUGGUUGGCUCCUCUACCGAGACCAGGAGAUGAAUGGCGGACUGAAGUGGCAGGAGGUGCUCCGAGAAGGUCUGCACUCGGCCCAGCCAGCCUUGCUGCGGGAAGCAGAACAGGUGCUCCAGGAGGAGCACGAGACUCUGACGGCCUUGGAGAUUUUGGAUUGAAGCCAAAAUAGCCGGAACACUGUCCAAUGUCAGUCAUUGUUUUGCUUGACGUUUAGGAGAUGAUCUUCAUGUUGGAUUUCAUGAUACUGCUGAGAGACGCGUUCGGAUGCGUUUCUUGGAAACACCGCGUCUCUCAGUGUCGGGAAGCCGCGAUGUCCAACAUCUUUGAGUGGACGACUUCUUGGCUGCUCCAAGGGACGGC